GCCAUUGCUGCAGUCAUUUGUAAUGAUUGGUGCCUCGUUUCGACCUUUCGCCAGGACCAUUGCCUCGCGAGCACCCUCCCGUAUAACUCGAUAUGACGUUUUUCCAGAUGACAUGUUCCGCAUCCAGAACGGGCCCCAAGUACGUCUACGAGAGGAGGAAACUCAACAGCAUCGUGGGCGCAUAUCGUACGACAUCAGAGUGCAUAAAGAUGGACUCGUACAUCCAGCAGUGGGAGAUGUAUAUCAAGGCCCCAACGGAUGCUCUGAUCGACCUCUCUGUAUGUACUUGCUAGACCUCGCGCAGUAUUUCGACGAGACGAAGACCGUGGCAUAUCGAGUUCCCAAGGGUGUGCAACUCCCUCCACGGCUUGUCCUGUUGCACGAACACACCAACCACCAUGCCUUGCAAUGUGCAGUGCCUAUGAAAUUGACUGGUUAGUAUUUCCCCCUGCCUUUAUUACCCCUGCUGAAAAUGCUUGAAAGAACCUGGAUCAGUUCUGGACUCGGUAUGGCAGCAGCCUGUGACAAGCGAAUCUAUAUUUCUUGUGGAGUAGAUUGAACGACCGAAACUGAUCUCAUGCAGAUUGACAGCAGUGCGGGAACGUAUCAAGUUCACAGUGGUCAGACUGCCGGACGAUGGUGAGCGCUGAGAAAGUGUCGUGCAUACGCGCAGCGCAGUGUAAACCCGGCGAAGAACAAAAGUGUCAUAUAUGCGUGUUCCCAUGGCCGAACAUCGAUGGGCUCAGCAUCAGGAAAGAAACGUUUCGACGUUGUCCUAAGCGGCUGUGUUGGCCGUGGGAUAUGCUGUGCGGCC